UGCCACAUAAAACCAGAAAUGCGCGUUCUGACAAUCUCUCUAAAAGUCGCGUGCCCGACUGACACAUGGACUAACACGUACUUCGACCCCGCCUUUAAAUGCCUGCGUCAAAACAGCUCCAAGGUUGUCCUGCCCCCUUAUCCGGGGACGUACUCCACGCCCAUCUUAUGUCUACAACAGCAAUUACUUAACAGGCAACCUAACCCUGUGUUUAUCUAUCAAAGGGUCUGACAAUAGCAGAGUGCAGUCUAAGGAGGUAGAAUAGUGCCGUAAAGCAAAGCGUUACGGCACUGCUGUUGGUUGAAGGGGUGUUAGGUUUUCGGUUACGGAGAGCUUGUGUGUAGCUUCUUAAUUACAAAAGAAAUUAAUUAGUGUAUUUUUAAGGUAAGGAGAUGACAGUGUUGCUGCUGUGGAGGGGACAGUUUUAAAGCUGGGAGGGGAUGGUAAUGCAAGUCAGUUAUUGUGCUAUGUAUCGUCAGGUCUAAACAUUAGUAGAGCUAAUUCCCAUUUACCACAGCACUGAAUAAAGCUACUUCGUACUCUUGGCUCGUUGCCUUCCCAUGAUGAGUGUGGAUCCAGUGAUCCUUAGCUACCAAGACAGUUUGUUACGCCUUUCAGAUGUUACUUUGCUAGAUCCACCCUUCUGGCUCAAUGAUCAUGUUAUUGGCUUCACCUUUGAAUACUUUGCAUUUGAACGAUUCAAGGACUUUGCUACUGAGGUCUGCUUCAUUGGGCCAGAGGUUGCUCAGUUUAUCAAAUGUGCAACAUGUCAGGAGGAGCUGUCCAUAUUUCUGGAACCACUUGACCUGUCCAGCAAGAAGUUGGUGAUUCUUGCUGUCAAUGACAACUCCAGUCAGAGUGCUGGUGGUACUCAUUGGAGCCUCUUGGUUUACAUAAGACCUUUGGACACCUUUAAUCACUAUGACACAUACAGUGGGAGUAAUUCUUCUCAUGCAAAACGGGCAGCAACAAAGCUAGAAGCAUUUGUAAAGACAAAAAGGAGUAAAAUUCAAUUUGUAGAUGAACCAGCUCCUGCACAGCAGAACAGCUAUGACUGUGGUAUGUAUGUAAUUUGCAUUGCAGAAGCUUUGUGUGAAGAACUUCUCUGGGGCCGACCAAAACCAGUGCUGCACUUUCUCACACCUGAUUUUAUUACUCAAAAGCGAGUUGAGUGGAAGAGGCUUAUUAAAAGACUGGCCAUAAAGUGAAAGUUCUUGAAAAGUACCUGUGGCAGACUGAAUUGGUAAAUCAGUCAAGGCUCUAAUGGCUAAAAAGAAUUGAAAAUACCUGAAGUUAGGUGAAGACACUACUGCUACAAAUAAUGAUCUAGCUGUGCUAAAAAGAAAAUCAUUUGUACUACUGAGUAAAGAUAUCUUGCUUUGCAGCUGUUAGUUUGUCUUUCCUGGCAAUCUACAUUGUGGGGGUUAUUUCUUGCAGAACUCCAAUUUGCCAUACAUAUUGAUGAUUAUCUUUUGUGCUCCCUGAGACAUAAUUACUGGACGCUUGCUGUGUUGUCAAACUGCUGUUAUUAUGGUCUUAAGGGCCUGUUUCUCCUUGAUGUGUGCCUUCCCUAGAUUGUUGACCUUUGCUAUGAAAAAUUUACAAGUUAUGCUUUUUAUCCCCAGCUGUAGCCCUGUGUUGAAACAGUGAGUCCAGGGACUGUUUAAAUUUGCCCGUGCUCUUCAUAAUUGUAAGGUUCUAUUCCAGAUUUUGUGGUUGAAAACUAACCUUUUCAAGCAGUUUUUUAAUUGUAAAAUUAAAAUGUAUAUACAUUUUCUGUGUUGAAGCUGUACUUGUACAUUUUAACAGCCUGUAGAUGGCAUGGCAAAAACUGUAGUAGUUGAGUGGCCGUACUUUAUAUUAAAAUAUGGUAUUAUUUAUUCAUAUUUAAAUUAGGGUAAUAGUCUUAUCUUUACUUCUGUAGAUUGACAUUUAUUUUGUGCAUACAGGCUGCUGUUUUGUAACCUUUGUUUAAUAUUUGCUUGUUUGAAUAAGGGUUUUGUAAUAAAACACUGUAAUGAAA